UACGUGAGAAUAGGAUAACCGAAAACGUUGAAGGCUUUAAGUACGAAUAGGAUAUCAUAAAAUACUGAAGUGUUUACGUGACAAUAGGAUAACAGAAACGUUGAAGGCUUUAAGUAGGAAUAGGAUAUCAUAAAAUACUGAAGUGUUUACCUGAGAAUAGGAUAACAGAAACGUUGAAAAGUCAGAGUGAGAAUCUUAAUGAAAUGGCGGAGCCUCUGCCUGCCUCGGCCAACUCAUCGGUGGUCCUGCAUUUGGCUGCUGCAAGGAUCAAGGAACUCCACCAUCUGCAGCGGGAGUUAGAGCAAUGCAAGUCCGGCAAGGGCGGCAGAAGUUACCAGAAGCUGCCCCGCCACAUGCAGCGCAGGGCGCUCUCCUCCAACCCCAAGCGCCUCCCCCGCCGUCUGCGCCGCCGUCAUCUUGCUGAAGGAGAGCCUCCGCGUCCCUCCAAGCGACCUGCUGCUAAACACAGACCACGACCACGUGCGGGUGAGGACAAACUUGACGCCCCAAUAGUCUCCUCGCGUGUGAACCGCGUGGGCGCCGCGCGUGUGGACCGCGUGGGCGACUACGAGCGCCGCCAGAGUGUGGCGGGCAACACGUGGCUGGAGACGCACGUGUGGCACGCGAAACGCUUCCACAUGACGCGUCGCUGGGGCUACGCGCUCCCCUUGCGCCCCACGCAGAAGAUGUACCGCCCCACUCUGCGGGCUGCUGCUCAGCGCUGCGUUCUUCAGGACCGUUCGUUCAUGUGCUGCGUGGAGUUGCGUGGUGACGCGUGCGUGAUGUCAGCUCUGGAGGCGUGCGUGUCAGAGAGCGUCAGGCAGCAGCUCAUCUCUGUCAGCAGCGGUGGGAUCGUCAGCCUCACCCUCUACAAGCCUCGCAUGUGUCCGAGGCAGGCGGUGUGCGAAGUGGAAGUACAGAAGCUGCCUUCUCUCGGCACCGACUCUUGCGAUGGCAACAGCGACAGAAAUGGCGCUGCCGAUCACUGUAACCGCAGGGAUUUCGAUCACAACGAUGUCGAAGGAGGCGCCUCGAGGUUAUGGUUGUGGGUGCACCCCGCUUCCCACGAGGACCUUCUGCAGCUUCUGCGUCAAAUAUUCAGCUUACAGCCACAGAUACACGGUCACUGUGUAAACCAGUGUGAUGAAGAGCCUGGCGAAGCCAUGGAAACAACAAACGAUGACCACGAUUUAUGCAAUGACCGUCAACAUUCUCACGACAAAAAACUAAAAUCAAUUAAUAACAAUAAUAUUGACAGUAAUGAACUCACAAGCGUUCAGGACGUGAUACCUGAAGGUAACGAGACUCAGAAUUUUUUGGAUGUAGACACAACAUCAGACGUUGUUUUAAAAUCAAAAGUGAAGCGCAAACACCGACUCCUACAGCAGCGUCUAGACCGAGCAGGCGCACCGGAUUACGUGAGUGCGGACAACCGCGUCGCCGUAACGUGUUUACGGGACACUCUGAACCGCUUCUGCCUACGCGGGCCUGAGACGUACAGGGUUCUGAAGACCGUCUUGUUGCCUUCUACUGUGGUGCCCCAGCACACAAAACUUGUUCCUAACAAUCCCACUCAUGAUUCUCAGUCUGUGGAGGAGAAAUCUCUUCAUAAAGCACGAAGUUCUGAUGAAGAUACUGCUGAUGAAACGAGUGGCAGUGGCAAUCUCUCUCAAGAAUCUCAAUAUGAUGAGAAAUCCAUGAAUAAAUCACGAUCUUUAAAUGAUACUACGGUCGAUGAAGCUAAUUUUUUCAACGGAGGUACAAGAACUAGUGAAGAAAGCGCCGAAGAUUCGAGUUCGUGGUGGACGAGUUUCUUUGGUCGCAUGGGGCGCGCCGAGGCGCACGCAGGCAACGCGGCGCUGUGGGGCACAGCGCCGCGUGUCACAGAGGACCUCGUCUUGCCCCUCGUGGUGCGCGACCCUCGCGUCGUGCUGCCCCGCGCACGCGUCAAGAUGUCAGAGACAUCCGCAGAACCUCCCUCGCCCUCGUGGGGGCGGGACGCUGUCGCCCCCCUCAGCCCUCUCUACGACCCCCGCGUCAGGAGAGCCCUCCUGAGACACCGCUGCACUGAUCACGACAUAAACACUCGUCGGCACCGAGAAGCAGUGCCAGGAGCCAUGCUGCCGCUGGAUGACGAAGAGGCUCGGCUGCCGGUCCUGCUGCUGCUGCGACGCCCUCAGGGAGACGACGUCUCUGGAAAGAGCGCCGUGGACGUGGUUAUUCCUGGUGGUUGGGGCAGCAACUUUUGGACGGCGCUGGUGCUGGCAGGGGCCGUGGCCACGGGGGUUGACUCAGAGCUUCACUUCAUGAGGGAAGAACUCACUCUCCCUCCGUCAUACUCGCUUCCCGACCUUCCCUCGGGGAAGCGUUAUGAGGAGGCCGAGGCCCUGGAAAGACAUGAGGCUUAUUUCAGAAUGCCUCCGGACAAGAGACCGAAUUUCAUUAAGUUGGGCGUUCAGUUUCCAUUUUCUUUUCCUUGGUCCAAACUUGUGGCGUCGCUGCGAAGCAGAGAUAUGUUCCAUCAAAUGCAUGAAAUAUGCUCUGGGUUUUCCAGGGAAGUUUUGUUGCAGUUGGGGCUUGACGGUGGAAAAAUCUCAACUGCAGAAAAUGAGGCAAGUGACGAAGAGAUCGUUGUGAUGAGGAAUCCUCGUUUCUUGUCUGCUUUGGAUUAUAUUUCGUGCUGCAGUGGCAGCAGACGUAGAAUUUUCCGAGGAGUAGACCAGGAAUCAGAAGGGACCGUCGAUACCUUGCCUGUUGAUGGAUCUGAAUCAAAUAUCCGAACAUCGUCUGAAGAAGCCCUUGGAUUAUCAUUGGACGAAUUAACUGACAUGCUGAAGCUCAUGAAGCAAACCAGCCAAUCGUAUCUGGUGCGCGUGCAAGUCACCCUCAUAGGCAAAGGCGCCCUAGAACCCGGCGCUCUAAUUUGUCGCCCAAACUCCCAAGAUCUCGUACAUUUGAAGGAGGUUCUCACCAACGCCCUACGUCCUAGUGUGCACGUGUCUAUGGGCAUCACAGAGCCGAGCUGCCGUGACUCCAAUGAGGAGAAGAGGAAGAAAUUAAAAGAGGAACACGCCAGGGAUCUGGCGAAGCUGCAGAGGCUGCGCAAGGCAGCUCGGCAGCGCGUGCGACGGCAGCACGAGCCUGGCAGCGGCGGCCUCGACGCAGCCGUCAACCAAGCGCUGAGUGCUCUUGAAGAAACCCAACAGGAGCUGGUGGCGCGCUGUGCUGCAUUCAAGUCCUCCAUGGAGCGGCUGUGGCUGCCGUGUCCCGAGGCGCCGCUGCAGCAGACCUCACGCCUCAUCAUAGGCAGCUUGACUGACGCCGCAUUCAGCCGCACGCGAGGCUGUGGCGUGGGCCAGGGUUACGUUGUGGCAGCUACACUUAUCUCCGUGGCACAGCAUCGUGUGGCGAGAUGGAAGGGGGUAUCUCCGGAUCAGCCCGAUGUGGCCAACAAGAAACGGAAAUUCGACGAAUGCUCGCGAGAUGAAAGUUCGUCAUUGUCCCACUGUUCUUCUCCUGGCAAGCGCAGGCACACUGAAACUGGGCUUGACUCCAAACUUCCUGCAACAGUAGCCUCAACUUCAUCAGCCAUUUCCGAGGAAAAAAUCAAACUGGAUAAGUCAAAGCAGAAUCUUCUAAUAGAUGAUUCUUCAAAUGACAGCAGUUGUUCGAGUAGCCAAGAGAACAACUCUGAAAUUAUUUCUAACAACGAAACCUUUGACGUUGACCUCCCACUUGUGCACGAGCGUGGCGUGCCUGUGCUCGUGAGAAACAUUAAUUCCCUACAGUACAGGUUCGGGAUGCUCACCGUCUGUAGUCAUCAGCCUCCGCCUUGAUCGUUCAAGUUCUCUCAUUAAAGAUAGUUCACGUGUCAAAGUCUUUCAUUCAUUGAAUGAGUUCCUUAAUACAUGUAGAUUGGUGACUGUACUACGCGUGUUUUAUUUUUUUGCAGGAGUCUGAGGUUGUUAACUUUGAUGUAAUAAUAGUAUUUAAUUGAUUACUAAGUAGCCUUGUGCAUCAUUUCUAACGAAUUUGUGCUUGUAAUUUCUACAAUACUUUUAGUUCAUUAGUAGGAAGAAAUACGACGCAAAUCUUCUGUCGCGUCUACCGAUCUAACUCUUGAGCUAAACUUUAAAAAAUAUAUUUCAGUACUCAUUGCAGUGAGUG